ACUGGCAAGCCACUUACAAUGGCAUUCUCGAAGAGAGUUUCCAAUUGGACAGUGGCAGAAGUUUUUGAUUGGGUAAGGGAACAGUACCCCUCUCACUCCAGAGUUCUACAGCAGGCAAUAGCCAAACAUGCCAUCUCAGGUCGAGCUCUCACAAGAAUGCGAAAGGAACAGCUGAGCAAGCUGGGGGUGGAAUCCAAGUUCCAGCACGAGUUUCUACGGGAUGUUCUCCUCCUCAGGAUUCAGGAGGAAUUGGAGAACCUCGGUGACAUCCAUGCUAAGUGUUCCUCCAACAAGCCACAGGAAGACAGAGGAUCUGCUAAACCAGUGGAAGUACAGCUAAACACACACGCACAGAGAGACAAGCAACAGAAAGAAGAAAAAAGGCCCUUGGUGAAAGAGACAACAACUUGGAGAAAGAGGAGAGACUGAUUCUAUAGCAAGUCGAUUAGAAAAUCAGGUACUUGGAUCCAGGUCCUACAGUCCUUGUUCAAGUGUUUGUUCAUCACAAACUCAGAACUUCAUUUCAGUAUUUGCUGAACAAAGUAUUAUUACACUGUAAAAUGGCUGUGAAAUCCACAAUGAUAUACUGUAUUCCUGCUUAAUUUAUUCUCGUGUGUAUCUUUACACUAUAGUUCUAGGUAAAUUAAGCCAUGCAAACAUCAACUUUAACAAGAUUCCCAGUACCUGCACUGAUCAGACAGCCCCACAGCAUGAUGGAACCACCACCAAAUUUUACUGUGGGCAGGAAGUGUUUGUCUUGUUUUUUUUUCCCCACCAUGCAUACCGUCCUCCAAAUAACUAAAUUUUAUUUCAUCAGUCCACAGUACCUUAUUCCAAAAAAAAAGCUGACUAAAUGUGCUUUAGCAUACCUCAAGCGACUCUGUUUGUGGCGUGUGCUCAGAAAAUGCUUCUUCUGCAUUAUUCUCUCAUACAGCCUCUCCUUGUGUAAAGUGCGCUAAAUAGCUGAACAAUGCACUGCGACACUAUCUGCAGUAAGAUGAUGAUGUAGGUCUUUGGAGCUGAUCUGUGGGUUGACUAUGACUGUUCUCACCAUCCUUCUCCUCUGAUUAUCUGAGAUUUUUAUUGUUCUGCAUCUUCAGGUCUUAACUAGAACUGUGCCUGUGGUCUUGCAUUUCCUCACUGUGUUCCUCACAGUGGAAACUGACACCUGACAUCUCUGAAAGAGCUUUUUAUAUCCUUCCCCUCUAAACCAUGAUGAUGAACAGUGUUUGUUUUCAGGUCAUUUAAAAGUUGUUUUGAGGCUCCCAUGUUGACACUCUUGCAAUUGCCACUUUAACCCUUUCUCAUAAUUGUAUUUACCUAUGUAUGUAGGUCAAGGGUAAAUAAGCUUACCAAACUAAUUUUGUGUUCUUCUUAAUUUCACUUGUUCAUCUGCUACUGCUAUUUAACUGAAAUUGCUGAUCCGAACAACCAAUGAUUUAAAAAAAAAUAUCAAAAUUAUCAGGGGUGUCAAAACUUUUUUAUACCAAAAAUGGGCACUUUGAAAACACAUUUAAAGUCCCAAAGGGUCUUUAAAUGCAGUGCCAUUCACUAAUCAGAAGUGGAAGGAAAAUAGAUUUAAAUUCCUUUGCUCUCCUGCAUCUGUCUGGCUGGGAACAUUAUGCUUGUAUUGUACUUUCUUUGAAGCAGAGUACAUCUUUUAAUAUGUAAGUAUGUAUGUUCACUCAUUUAUUUGAGUCGUAAUAUAUUACGGUGACCAAUUCUAAUCCGUUUGUGUAACUUUCCUUUUUAUUUCUGUAUUUAUGUAGUUGAUUAUUAUUUCCUUAAAGGUUAAAGGAAUAAACUCCAACAUUAUGACACUGAGAACAACUGACAAAUUAUUGUCCUUCCUCUCUCUAAAUACACACCACAAUUGUUAACUCCAUCUUACUGGAGAUCUUUUAUUUCACAUUAAAAAAAGUAGUAGUUUAAAACCUUUUUCUGAAUAUAAUAUUUUUUGCUGGUUACCUGAGCAAAUCAUGGCGCUAAUACAAGAGCUACUGCAAACAUAGAGAUACUGUUUGCUCAUUCUGUAGAAAUUAAUUGCUUACACACUGCAGGUGUUCUGUGGUCAGAAAGGACAUAAAAAUCUGUUGAGCACUUUCUCUUGAGCAUUUUCUCUUAAUAAUUUUUGUGUUUGAGUGCAGUGUUGUUGUUUUUUCUAGAAAUAAAAUACAAUCCAGUCGGUGUGUUGUAAGUGGGCUGCAUUUUCUACUAAAAGAGAAAGGAAAAUCACAAGUGACAACACCCAGGAAAUUACUGCAUCACUAUGUCCAUCUAAUGUUUGCAUGAGAAAGACAAAAAGUAAUGUCUUUCUUUGUUGGUGUGUGUGAGUAAGGGUUUGUAAGAGUGUGUAAUAGAGAAGAGCUGUUUUUACGUCGGUUCUGAACCAAACUUUACGCGCCCCACGCAUGUGAGUUACAGCAGAACCGAACUUCUGAGGACUAAGGACAGUUUGGUCAGUAAAACAGCAACUUUGGACAAUAAUAUCCGAGCUACGCUGGGCGAGCUGCAGCUCCUCCGCGCUCCGGCGUGGGGGAGCGGAUCGCUGCAGACAAAGGGCAAGAGGAGGAGGCGGUGCGAGCGGCGUCAGAAGAGAGGAAAAUGCGCUGGGGUGCUAGCCAGGCUAAAGGCUAAUGCUAACCGACCCCCGAUUCCGUCGCUUUUCCUCUCUAACGUCCGCUCUUUGGAUAACAAGCUGGACCUGCUGUGGCUGAGGAUGAAUGUUUCUGAGGAGAUGAGGAACUGCGCUGUGAUUUGUCUCACGGAAACCUGGCUGAACCAGACCAUGCCGGACUCAGCCUUCCAGCUCGCCGGCCGGCAACUCUUCCGAGCGGACCGCAGCCAGCUAUCCGGGAAAGCCCGGGGGGGCGGCUUGUGCGUUUACAUAAACAAAGGUUGGUGCACAAACUGCGUGUUGGUAAACAACCACUGCUCCGAGGCGACAGAACAGCUGACUGUAAAGUGUCGUCCUCACUAUCUGCCUCGUGAGUUUUCGGUGGUGUUCGUGAUUGCUGUUUACAUAGCACCGGAUGCUAAUGCUAACAACGCGCUGAAGGAGCUUUAUGACAACAUCAGCUCGCUUCAGAACAAGCAUCCGGACGCGUUCUACGUGGUAGCGGGGGAUUUUAACCACGUAGAACUGAAGAACACGCUGCCGAGGUUUUACCAACACGUGAACAUUCCAACGCGAGGUAAUAACACGCUGGACCGUGUUUACUCCUCUGUGAAAGACGCUUACAAAGCCUUCCCCCGCCCCCACCUCGGGCUAUCGGACCACAUCUCCAUCAUGCUGGUCCCCGCAUACCACCCCCCACUGCGACGCUCAAAACCCACACAGAAAACCAUCACGGUGUGGCCAAGUGACGGCGCCGCUGUGCUGCAGGACUGCUUCGGCUGCACAGACUGGCAGGUCUUCAGGGAGGCUGCUGAGUGUGAGGGGGAGCUGGAUCUGGAGGAAUACACAUCUGCUGUUCUCGGGUACAUCAGCAAGUGUGUGGAGGAUGUCACUACUACCAAGACUGUGACUUGCUACCCGAACCAGAAGCCCUGGCUGAACGCAGAGGUGCGUUCCCUGCUGAAAGCCAGGGAUGCUGCCUUCAGAUCUGAGACUCGGAUGAACUCAGGAGGGCUAGAAGAGAGCUGAGAAC